AUGACGAAGCGCACAAAGAAGGUCGGCAUCACCGGAAAGUACGGAACGCGCUACGGUGCUUCCCUGCGAAAGCAGGUCAAGAAGAUGGAAAUCACCCAGCACGCCCGGUACACAUGCCAGUUCUGCGGAAAGAACGCUGUCAAGCGCGAGGCCGUCGGUAUCUGGAAGUGCCGAUCAUGCCGCAAGACCACCGCUGGCGGCGCCUACACCGUCUCGACCCCUGCCGCUGCCGCCACACGAUCCACCAUCCGUCGUCUGCGAGAGAUUGCUGAGGUUUAA